AUGGACGAUACCUCACCUCCGGCGCGCACAACGGUUCAUGCUGGUGUCCCGGAGUGCCGGUUUCGCAUGUUUCAGAUGCACUCCUUGCCAGCUCCUGGGUAUGCUCUUAUGCAUGCCAUCAAGAAUGACAGGGGGGGAGGGACCACCGAACACGAUGCUAAGAAUAGCGAUCGGACAAUCCUGGCGAUUAAAUGCCGUGACCCAGCUCAUGAGUACCGUAAUAUACUCAAGACCCUCCACCAGGAAAAGACUGCCGUGAAAGGAACAAAACAAGGUCCACCCCGUUGA